CGGUCGAUCGAAUUGGAGGGAGGCGCGGCUCGAUCGAUCGUCACAGGGCGCGAAUGGAGGUUCUAUAGAUUUCUUGAUCGAUUGCGCUGCCGAAAUCUCUCGCGAAUCACGGUUGGUCUCCGCGAAUUCGAGACGAUCAUAUCGGCUUCUCGCGAUUUGCCGCUGCGAUUCGUCCCUUGAUCGCGCCGAAAUCUUUGCUGCUCUCUCGAAAUCUCCGAUCGUCGGGGCAAUCUCUGUCGUAGUUCUUGAAGAUCGCGGCGAGAUCUCUGUCCGAGUUCCUUUCCUUCCGGUCGCGUGGAGGGACUCCUACCCUCUCCCAUGGACGACUACUACAUCGAAUUGCUCAAGAGCCACCUCUUGCCGCCGCUAGGCACCAUGAUGAGGAACGCUGAUCUGAGCGUCAAGGAGCGGGGGAAGGCGAUCAAGAAUCUGGCCGACGGAUCGCUUGCCAUCACUGGCAGCGGCGCGGGGUGGAGCGCCGCGCUGGGCGAUCAGCUCCAGCAACAAGAUCCAGCCGCCGCCGCCGCCGGGUCGAAUCUCUCCUCCUCGGGCCGGAGAUUUCCAGCGCUGCUGCGGGUCGCGCGCUCGUCCAAGCGAAAGAUUUGCCGGCGGCUGAGGCAUCGCAGUAUUCUCAAGGCCGCGGCGCGCCAGGUUCGUGCCAGCCGAUGCCAGGGACGAUUGAAGCGCAGGAUCAUGCAAUCCCAGCAGCAGCGACGAUCCAGCAGGGACGACGAGCAGACGAUCCAAUCUCGUGUCAAGGCAUUGCAGGGACUAGUUCCCGGCGGACACGACAUGAAUUGCUCGGUCCUCCUAGGCGAGGCCGCCGACUACAUGAUGUUCUUGCGGUUCCAGGUGGGCGUGCUACAAUCGGUGGCGGCGGCGAUCGAGAGCCAGCAGCAGCCACGAGCAAAUUAGAGACCAUCUCGCUCACUGUGGGGUUUAGCAACGAGGGUGGUGGAUUGGCGACGAUCGAUUCGUUCUAGAGUCUCUCCUUUCCGCCUCUCUUUUAUAUCAUCUCACACAAAAGGAAACCAGUCGCUGGCUACUUUCGGACGAGAACUCGAGCGAAGGCGAGCGAGAAUCGUCUCGUCCCGCGGUCGUGCGUGAUCUUCACAGCUGCAUGCGCAGGCAGAGCACGCUCUCAUAAAUUCCUACGCGGCUGUGAGCUUAUACGGGCCUUGCGUAUAAGACAAGUACACGAUGAAUGCUGCAGCCUCCAAAAGACAAAAAAAGGGAUGAAGCAGGCAGCGGAAUUCGCAGUUCACAUGGAUGUAGUUAAACAUUGAUGGAAAAAUUUGGCAAGUAUCAGAAAUCUUAAAAGGUGUAUGUAAAUUAUGCCUGAUCUUCAGGUGAAUUACGUAACUUGAUCCUGUGUGUACGUA